ACAUAGUACGGAAGCCUGUCUGGUCGCAACAUAGUACGGAAGCCUGUCUGGUCGCAGACCGCUGUGGUUUCUCCCACCGAACCACCGAGCCAGCCCCCAGUGACACCACCGGAACGACGGCGGUAGCCCGUGGACGUGAAGAGCCUGGCCAACACGGGAAGGGCGGCGCAUGGCUUUUGAGUUUGGACGGUUAACAAUUCAGCUGUGACUGGCUAACUGCCGAUAUCACACCUGGGAGAAACCGUGAAGCCGCCGCCGCCGCCUCUCCCCCGCGUCGUAACUCGUCGAGAUGUCCGCUUUCUCCGAGGUGGCUCUAGAGAAGAAACUGUCCGAGCUUAGCAACUCACAACAAAGUGUGCAGACGCUGUCGCUGUGGCUAAUUCACCACAGGAAACACUCGAAGACCAUCGUCGGCGUCUGGCUCAACGAACUGAAGAAAGCUCAGGUGCCACGCAAGUUGACCUUCCUUUACUUGGCCAAUGACGUCAUUCAGAACAGCAAGAAAAAAGGACCAGAGUUCACCCAGGACUUUGCGCCGGUCAUCGUUGAUGCAUUCAAACAUGUAUACAGGGAGGGCGAGGAGGGCUGUAAGAAACAGUUGGGUCGGGUUCUGUCCAUCUGGCAGGAGAGAGCCGUGUAUGAGAACAACCUGCUGGAUCAGCUCUCACAAGUCCUUUAUGGAGAAAAGAAGGCUAAGAAGAGGCCGUACGAAGAGAUCCAACCAGAUGAGGACUUUGCCUCCCAGAGCUCCCCAGCUGAACCCCCACAGACAGCAGAGUUAAUCCGAGCUUUGCAGGAGCUGGAAAAUGCAGCCUCCGACGACUCGAUGCUGCGUCAGCGAAUCUCCUCCCUUCCUGCUGAGGUGCAGGACACGUCACUGCUUCACAGAGUCACAGAUAAAGAAUCAGGGGAGCGGCUUUCCCGGCUGGUGGAGGAGGCCUGCAUGCUGCUAGCAGACUACAGCGGUCGCCUGGCAGCGGAAAUCGACGAUCGGAGGCAGCUCACGCGUACACUGACAGUUUUCCUGCAGAGCCAGAAGGACGGCUUGGCCCAGAACGAGCAGAAACUAGAAGAAUAUAAACGCAAACUGGCGAGGGUAACUCAGGUCCGCAAGGAGCUGCGUGCGCGUCUGAACAAUCUUCCAGGAGGACUGUACAGCACCUCGGACUGACUGAGGUCUCACCUCCUGACCUUGUACCCGACCCCCCCGCGACUGAAACGUCUCCACCGGCCUCUUCGACAUAUGAGCCCUGUUUUUGGAUUUUGGAAAGUGUCUGUGUGUCCCUGUAUGGUGACCUCUGGUUCUCAUUCUGUCCCCAACAGCUAAUUAAUCCACAUGGCUUUUGUUAACAGAAAUGUUUUGUUUUUCUCCGAUCGUGAGCUCAUCUUUGUGUACCCUUUGUUAUCAGCACACCGCUGACAAAGUUUUAUAAUCAUCAGACACAGGCGUUCCCUGCUUUGACCCCUGACCUGCUCACAUUUUUACAGCUUUAAAGUGGUAUGGGUGAUGUGGGUGUUCUUUUUGUAUUUAUUGUAUAGAUGAGUAUUUCUCUUCAGUGUUACCAUUCAUCAUAAUUUUCAGUAUGUUUGAUUGCUAUCAUAACUUUCUUUUACUCUUUUUUUGUAGCUCUUAGUUACAGAUUGUUGCAGCAGUUUUUUUAAACUAGGAUUUUUUUUUAACGCAGUGUGAUCAGGCCUCCAAAGAGAAUUGUGAAAUCAGUAGGAAACCAUGUUCAGAAGCUGAGACUCAAGCCAUGUUCCCAAAAGCAGACACAUGUUAUUAUAAUUUACAUAUAGCCUCUUUGUGAGAAGGCUGUGUAAAUCAUUGGUAAGUGUACAUAUUCAAAAGUGCAUGUAAAUAUGAUGGAGUUAUUAUACCUUUAAGUGCUCAUGAUUUGUACCCACGUGAACAUGGCGUGGACAUUCAGACAAAGUACUGAUUUACCUCUGCACAAUGUCAUCUUUGCAGUUGCCCGUUCCUACAUGAAAAUGAAAGGAUGAUGAGUGAAGGAGUGUGUUGUCUUGUUUACUGUAACGUUCUGCUCCAUCAUUUUAUCCUUACGUCUACUGACUGCUGUGCUGACGCCUUGUGCAGCUUGAAGAAGUGCCCCAGUUUCCAAAGCCUGACAUGAAAGCAACUGUUUGUUUUUGUAGCUGUGAAGCGAAUUAGAACCAAAAUAAACAGGAAAUGUUCUAA